CGGGACGGGGUGGUGCAAGACAGUUAAUCCCGGCACCUUGGCGAGUACUGACUCUUCGGCAGCGCUAAGGAGCUAAGGAGCAAUAUCCGUUCGCCAUGAGGCUCUUCAUCGUUUUCUCUGCCGUUCUGGCAUGCGCGUUCGCUCAGCCGCUGGUGAUCUACUCGAAAUUGGUACCCGCGGCUCCGCUCGGCCCGGACGGUCGAGUGGUGGACACUCCGGAAGUUGCGUUGGCCAAGGCCGAACAUGCGGCCGCUCACAUCAACGAGAAGAUCACUCUGGCUCAGGAAGCCGCCCGAUCGGCCGAUUAUUCGCACGUGAUCGCCUACGCGGCGCCAGCCGCCGUGAUCGGCAAGACGCUGGUGCAACCGAUCGCGACAAACUUAAUCCCCGGCGCACCGAUCGGUCCUGACGGUCGCGUGAUCGACACGCCGGAGGUAGCACUCGCCAAGGCGGAACAUGCGGCGGCUCACAUCAACGACAGGAUCGACCACGAAGCCGCGAAACUGGUCUCCCAACCGGUCGUCGUCUUCAACCACGAAGCGCCACUUCUUCAAUACUAUCUUCAUUAACUUUGCAUCUUUAUUGAUCAAUAUUUGUAUUAAAAUCCUGCCUUUUAUGUCGAAUUGUAAAUAAAUCAAAGCAAUCUUGUA